AAAACAGUUUUGCCUGCAGUCGGCUCUAUUUUUGGUUAAGUCACGCAGGAAUUGGAAUUUACACCUGCCGUGUGUUUUUAUUAAAAAAAUUCCACACGUCGUAUUAUGGUGUAUUUUGGAAAGUUGAUGAAAUUUUUGAAAAUAAAAUUCUCCUGUCAUUUUGUGUUUAUUAAAUUUACUCUGGAAUAUUUUUGAGAACAAUGACGACGGGACGACGAAGAGCAUCACAUUCAAAUUCAGGGAAUUCAUUGUUCAAUUCCUCCGGGAGUUUUCGAUCUCGAACACUUAAUUUUCGACCUAAUUCCACACAAGAGGAUCGAGGAGGUACGAGACCAACAGCUGUUCCAAGUUCAAUUGGUCUUAUUUUAAUAACAGCAAUUCUUCAUAUUUGUAAAAAAUCCCUGCUCUUCGAUACAAAAUUAAAAGUUGCUUUAUAUCUCGGAGCUCUUUUUCUCGGCUCUAUUGUUACCGAUGCAAUCAAGGUGCCAAGAAGUUAUUUUUCCAGAUCGGAUAAUGCACUGAAUCGGUAUUUUAUAAAAUGGGCCUGGGGAUGGCUGCUGACGACAAUGAUACCAUGGGUUGUGUUAACAGUGCACACAAUUGGUUGUGGUCGACGAAUUAUUUUAAUAAAACACAUGACGCGUUUGAUUUUCGCCACGUGCGCUUGGAUUCUUUGGAUAAAUUUGUUUCACUACAUUGAGACAAAUUUCGGAAGGUGCUACAAUACGAAAGAUAUUCUUUUACAGGAGAAAUCAAAAUGCCUUCAAGUUGGUAAAUUUUGGAGUGGUCUCGAUAUUUCUGGACAUGCUUUCAUUAUAAUUUACUCGAGUCUUAUUCUUGCCGAGGAGGGUAGAAGUUUAAUUGGAUGGGAAGGAAUAAAAGAUUUAAUAAUACAAGAGGAACAUACGAGAACAGUUGCAACGGAAAAUAGUACGGGUCCAUUGAAGAAUUUAUGUGAUGAGGAUUUUCAAUUUUUGAAAAAAGCUUACAAAGUAUUGACACCAUAUUUACGUGGUCUCUUCAUAACAAUGACCGUGCAACAAUUAUUAUGGGACAUUAUGCUCGUGGCGACAAUUCUUUAUUAUCAUAAUAUGGCGGAGAAAUUUCUUGGCGGUGUGGCAGCAAUUUUCACAUGGUACAUGAGUUAUCAUUGGUUAUUUAGAAUGACAACAUUGGGAUGUACGUGCCCUGGACAGGGACUCUUUAAAUAUGCCGCUGAGCCAAAAAUAAAUAUCGAGAAUAAUUCUCGUAUGCGAAGAAAUACGUUAAAUAACACAAGAACGAGGUAUGGAUUUAUCGGUGUAUUGAGAAGUAUGUUUUUUAAUUAAAAAAUAAUAUGACACCGAAGAAAUAAAUAAAUGCUUUUCUAGACAAACUGCUGUGGUAAUCAGGGAGUCUAAAAAAGUUAAUUUAGCUUUAAUUGAGAAAAAAAACGCAAAACAUUUAGUACAAAUAAAUUUAUAUAAAUAGAAUUUGUCGAACCAUGAUUUAAGCAUUUUACACUUUGGUGAGAAUUAAGAUUUUUAUUUAUUAAUCGAUUAAUAGGGGAAUUUAUUUAUUAAAGGGAAAAUUGUGACAAUUUUUCCGAGUACGAAUUUUUUUGUACUCUGAAUGCCAUUUAUUAAAAUGUAAUUUUUAAUUAUUUUAAAUGAUUUUAAAUGAUUAGUUAUUUAAAUUAUUAAAAUUCUAAUAGUUUAUUAUUUUUUGGUGUCUGUGAAUGUCAUUACGAAUUUAAAGAAUUAAAUUUCUUUACUUGUAAAUAAUCCAAACGCACUGAACAAAUAACGAAUAAUUUUUUAUAUUAUAAUGAAAAUUUGUAAAAGAUUAACAAAAAAUUCAAGUGAAAGUAAUGAAAAAAAAAAUUAUUUCUUUAUAUAUUUGUAUUUGUCGUGUGUUUUUUCUUGGAUUGUUAUUUUAUUGUAAAUCUUUCAAAUUGUACAGUUAAUAAUUUUAAAACAUAUUCCUGUUUUGCUAUCAAAGAUUUAUCGCAGAAUAAUAGAUAUUUUUAAUAUACAUUACAUGAUUCAUUAAAUCAAUAUACAAUUGUUUCUAUUAUUCAGCAAAAUGUAAUUUCAUGAAAAAUUUGAAAAUAAAUUAAUCAAUUUGAUACAAUUAAA